UUUUUUCCUUCCAAUUUUCUCUAGUUCCAAACAAAGCAUUAGUAUGGGUUUAGACCCCUGUCCCCUGAUAAGUUCGCCAUCCAAAUUCCCCAGAUAAGUAGUCCGGGUGCAAAGGAUAACCAAACACUGGAUAAGGGGAGCCCAAAUUAACUUGUUCCUGCUAUUACCCCUUCGCUUCUCUGCCGGCCAAACACUGGCCCAAAAAUUCUAAUUUUGAAUUAUUUUCCACGGAGUAGUUAAUAGUGAGUGCGGUACGGUGGUGCAGGUCGCCGGCGAGGCCGAUUACAACCCCCCCCUUCUCUCUCUCUCUCUAAUACUGUAAUUUUGAGACAUCAAAGGACUUCAGUCAUAAUCUCUCUCUCUCUAUAAUACUGUAAUUUUGAGACAUCAAAAGGACUUCAGUCAUAAUCUUCUCUCAGGCACUAUUUAUUAUACCCAGAUGAAAUCAGCCAAGGUUCACCUAGAAGAAGAAGAAGAAGAGGAAGAAACUCCCCCUUCCAAUAGUAAAGAUGGGAAGAGCAACGAUAAAGCUAGUGCCACACGAUCAAAGCAUUCUGUCACAGAGCAGCGCCGAAGGAGCAAGAUAAAUGAGAGGUUUCAGAUAUUGAGAGAUUUGAUACCUCAUAGCGAUCAGAAGAGAGAUACAGCAUCAUUCUUAUUGGAGGUGAUUGACUAUGUUCAUUAUAUGCAGGAAAAGGUACAAAAGUAUGAGGGAUCAUAUCAAGGGUGGGUUUCGGAGCCCUCAAAGCUGAUGCCAUGGAGAAACAGUCACUGGCGUGUUCAGAGUUUUGUUGGGCAUCCUCAACCCAUAACAAAUGGUUCCAGUCCAGGUUCAGCUUUUACUGGGAGGUUAGAUGAGAAUAACAGCACUAUUUCUCCAACGGUCCAUCCAAACCAACAGCAUUCGAUUGAAUCCGAUUCUAGUGGUGAUCCCAGUGGCAAAAUGGUGGAUCUGCAACCUGAAUUAACAAACAAGUCUAUGGCCAUGCCCAUGCCGUUGCAGGCAACAAUACCUAGUUCUAUCCAAUGCGAUGGUGUAUUUUCUCAUUCUCUUCAGAGGCCGAUCUCUGAGGCACAAUCUACUGAGUUCCCAAGCCGGAAUGAUGGGUCAAAUCAUGAAGAGGAUUUGAUGGUUGAAGGUGGAACAAUUAAUAUCAGAAGUGCUUAUUCUCAAGGGUUACUUAAUAACCUGACUCAAGCACUGCAGAGUGCGGGUGUUGAUCUGUCCCAGGCCACCAUCUCAGUGCAGAUUGAUCUAGGCAAGCGAGCAAAUACUGGACCGACUCCUGGUAUAUCCAUACCUAAGGAUCCUCAGAACAGUCCAUCGCAUCCAUCAAUGGGACGUUUUGAGGAUGCAGGCAACGGUGAGGACCUAGGUCAAGCACAAAAGAGGCUGAAGAAAUAAUCACUACGGUGUUUCCCCGAAGCUCCAUUUCUGCUCGGUUUGAUUUCAUCUCCUGGUUCAUGAACUCGUCACUUGUACAUGUUGUGUUCUCUCUUUUUUAUGGUCCUUGUACAAUACCAUACCGAAUAGAUGUUCACGUCCAGUGCUGGUUUUAGUAAGCUUGGUAGAUGCCAUUCCCCGUGUUCCCGUUAACUUUUAAGGAUUUGAAGAGAUGCUCUGAAAUUGUCAGUCAAAUUGCCCAUCAUGUUAUUGUCUUUUAUCUC